AUGGCACACGGCCUGAUGCAGUGCGGCACGACCAGUGAUGUCUUUUUGCGCAAGAACCUCGAGUGGUUGGCCAAGGCCUCCAAUUGGGCCAAGUUCAGCGCCACGGCCUCCUUGGGUGUCAUCCACAAGGGCCACAUCAAGGAGUCGAGGUCCAUUCUGAGCACGUACCUGCCGCAACAGGGAGGCACGCGGGGCAGCCCUUACUCCGAAGGCGGAGCCCUCUACGGCAUGGGCCUGAUCCACGCAAAUCAUUACGAUCCGGAGACGAAGGAGCUCCUGGGCUAUCUCGUGGAACAGCUGCGGAAUGCCCAGGCGACAGAGGUACUCCAGCACGGGGCCUGUCUCGGCAUUGGUCUUUUGUGCAUGGCGACUGCAGACGAAAGUAUCUACGAUGAGCUGACCCAGACCUUGUACACGGACACCGCUGUCGCGGGUGAGGCGGCAGCUUAUGCCAUCGGACUCGUCAUGGUCGGUUCUGCAUCGCAGAAGGCAAUCGACGAGCUUUGCCCUUAUGGCAGAUGGGCGCUUGCUUUGCGAGUGGCGUCCGAUGUUCAGACUUCAGAUCGUCGGCGGCGGACCUUCGUAAACUUCCUAGUGGUGUUCCUCUUUGCUGCUUCACGCGCAGCUGCACUACGACCUGGGAAUGGACAGCCCUGCGCAGAUUCGGCUGUGAAGGGCCUCUCCGAGGCAGAUGCCGCAAAGCGCUUCUUCAUGCUGGCAGAGCUGGUGGAUGUCUCCGGUGUCUCUUGCCUCGACAGGCUGCGGAAUCUCCAAGCGUCCACAGACAGCCAGGGCUUCAUGCCUGACGGGGCCUGGACCAGCUGCCUUAAGAAGGCCGUGGACUACGAGGUAUGGAACAAGGACUGGACGCGCCAGGCCCGGUUUCAUCGAAGCAGCAAGCCGGGAGAGUUGAUUCAGGGGCCGGCAGGUCAGGUCAUAACUCUCUUCUCUGAGCGUGCGGCCGAGGCACAGCUGCACCUCGAAGACUGCUUGCAUGAGAAGGAGGAGCUCACGCGGCGCCGCCAGGCCGUCGCCGCUGCAGCUCUGGCCCAGCAGCGGGCGCUGUCCUUGGCCUCGCUGCUGCAGGCUCGGAUGUCGGUGCUGUCCGAAGCGCCGUUGAACCGCAGCGCCGAGGAUCCCCACAGUCCGGAGUAA